GUGAAACGCAAACCCUCCAAUUCUCGACCGAUCCAUAAGAUCUCUCUCUUGUCGCACGGCAUGGCUGAGAGCGACGCCUCCGCCACAGCAACCGCAGAACCGUUGGCGCCGUCAGAAAAGUCGUCUUCCGAGGCGUCUACCACCGCUCCUCCGCCGGCGGAGAAGCGUGAAACAAAACGGUGGGCCGACGAAGAGGACGACCCUCCGGAGGAGCCCGAGAAGAACGACGACGCGCCUGCGCCCUCUACUUCCAAGCCGGAGGUCAACCUGGCCGAAUUGAAGAUUACCGAGAACAAGUUCCUCGACGAUCCCGAAGACUCUAAUAUCAGUGCCGUUACUUACGGAGACACGCCGUACACAUCCGCGAGUAGUUUCGAGGAUCUGAAACUGUCGCCGGAGGUACUGAAGGGUUUGUAUGUAGAGAUGCAAUUCAAGAAGCCGAGCAAAAUCCAGGCGAUCACUUUGCCAAUGAUUUUGACCCCUCCCUAUAAAGAUCUUAUUGCUCAGGCGCAUAAUGGUUCGGGCAAAACCACUUGUUUCGUGCUCGGGAUGCUCAGUCGCGUCGAUCCCAAUCUCAAAGCUCCUCAGGCGCUCUGCAUUUGCCCCACCAGAGAGUUGGCCAUUCAGAAUAUCGAAGUUCUUCAGAAGAUGGGGAAGUACACAGGGAUAACUGCAGAGUGUGCUGUCCCUACAGAUAGGACGAGUUCUACCUCGACGCAAUCCAGGCCACCAGUUUCGGCACAAAUUGUGAUUGGAACUCCUGGUACAAUUAAGAGAUUAAUGUCGACAAAAAAACUCGGUGUGAGCAAGGUCAAGGUUCUUGUUUUCGAUGAGGCUGAUCACAUGCUUGCUGAGGAUGGCUUUAAGGAUGAUUCUUUGAGGAUAAUGAAGGACAUAGAGAGAUUUAGCUCUCACUGCCAGGUGCUUUUAUUUUCUGCUACAUUUAAUGAAAAAGUCACAAAUUUUGUUUCAAAAGUGAUCAAGGGCGGUGGUAAUCAACUCUUUGUAAAGAAAGAAGAGCUAUCUUUGGAGGCUGUGAAGCAGUACAAGGUGUACUGCCCUGAUGAAUUGGCAAAGAUUGACGUCAUUAAAAGUAAAAUAUUUGAACUGGGAGAGAAAUUGGGGCAGAGAAUUAUAUUUGUACGAACAAAAAAUAGCGCAAGAAUGUUGCACCAGCAACUUGUUCAAGAUGGUUAUGCAGUUACUACCAUUCAAGGUGCCCUCAAUGCUGAAGAUAGAGACAAAAUAGUCAAAGAGUUCAAAGAUGGUUUAACCCAAGUUCUUAUAUCAACUGACCUACUUGCUCGAGGCUUUGAUCAACAGCAGGUUAAUUGUGUUGUCAAUUAUGAUCUUCCAAUCAAAUAUAGAGAGGGCCCCAGGACACGUGAUCCUCCCGAACCUGAUUAUGAGGUCUACUUGCAUAGAAUUGGAAGGGCAGGACGUUUUGGUCGCAAGGGGGCUGUGUUUAACUUGAUUUGCGGUGAUUGGGAUGAAUUGGCCAUGUCAAAGAUUGAGCAGUAUUUUAACAACCCAGUAACAGAGGUUCAAAACACCGAAGAAGCUUUUGAAGGUGCUCUUAAAGCAGCCGGUUUACUGUAACGUAAUGGUCUAUGCAGCAUUAGAACAGCCAGUUUUGCGAAAAGGAAAGAGGCGAAAGCGUUGUAUGCCCAGCCCAGCGGAGGGCAUACCUUACUAAGAAUAUGGUUAUUUAUUUGUUUCUCUUUAUGGACCGGCGGAGAUGCUUGAUGGGUUCGUUUUCUAGUGUCUGUAAAUGUCACUAUUAUUUCAUGACAAAUAUUCACUCAUUCUAGUUAGUUUGUGCCAUGUUUGUAUGAAAGGUUAAAUCAUUUAGCGA